AUGAUGACAGAGACAACCCCAUCCACUACUACUAAUACAAACCAUAAACAUAAUAAUAAUAAUAAUAAUAGUAAGACUACUGGUAGUAGUGGUAAUGGUAAAAAACGUGAGGCGUUGUUUCUCGGUGGUGCCGAACAGUUUCUCUUUGACUUUGGCGCUUCCCCCAAUGUACGUGAGAAUAGUCCAACGGCUAUUACUACUACUACUAAUACUAUUGAUACUACUACUAAUACUAUUAAUACUACUAUUAAUACUAAUGACUCCGCUCACGCAGAGACUGAGCCAAUCUCAACAGUGCAGGGAAAACAAGUGGUGAUACCGCCAUUAGCAGCCGAGGAGGUGCGGCGUUGUUUUCACACUGCCAUUCCCGCAGGGGAACGUGUGUUUGUAAACCUCUCACUGGAUGAGGCCCUCACUCAAUUUCAAUCGGGACUGCGGAAGUAUGGAGAGGCACUCUACCGACAGAUGAAACAGCAGAAGAAACAACGCACACUGGCAAAGAAACAACAUGGAGAGCGUGUACGUCUGCAGGCACAUAAUAGUAAUAGUAAUAAUAAUAAUAAUAACAACAGUGGAGUAGGUAAGAAGCGAAAGCGGGUGUGA